AUGCGGUUGACCAGGAGACUGUUGGCCGUCGUUGCUUUCUUGGCCCUCAUUGUCGUCUUGGUCCGAUAUCGCCGGAGCGUCGAGCACACAAUCGAGGAGGCCAUCCAAGAAGUCUCGGCCGAGUGGAAGGCCGCCGACGAAGAGGCCAAAGCCAAGAAUCGCGAGCUGCCCCAAGUCAUCCUGCCAAUUGAAAAGUCCGACGAAGAGAAGAAGGCCUCCAUCGCACAGGCUGUCGAAGAGAAGGCCCACGGCGUCGACAAGCCCUCCUCCGACCCGGCUCCAGAUACGAAUCAGGCCGACGCGAAGCACUCGGUGGGAUCGCCGUCAGUUGGAGGCAGCAAGGGCGACCAUGAUACAAUACACCAGGCUAUUGGAGACACAAAAGACAUUGAGGCAUUCUGGGCGAAAUGGAGCCGUGCCAUCUAUGAAUCACGUCCAAAGGUGCCAAAGAUAGCCCUGGGCGGCCGCGCACACACACAAAAGCCCAAGGAAGGGCAGGUAUCACGGGAGCCAUACCGAGAUCACCUUCGCAAUGCUGAAGAGGACAUUGACAUCCUGCGUCUGUUGCACAGGAAGUUCGUCAGUGGGCUGGAGAAAGAGUUCGGGAAUCAUACAAUCGACGGCGAGCAACAAGAGAGGCAAUGGGAGGGCUCGGGCAUUUUCAAGGGAAAGGGAGUCGUCAUGGUUGGCGGAGGCGAGUACUUUGGCCCGGCCAUCAUUAGCAUUCACAUGCUGCGUCGUACGGGCAGCAAUCUCCCAGUUGAGGUCUUUGUGCCCGACGAGAGCGAGUACGAGGAGGCGCUGUGCAAGAAUUAUCUAAAGAAGUUGGGUGCCCAUUGUGUGGUGCUCUCACGCAUACUCGACAAGAGCAAGAUUAAGGUCAGCCAGAAGGACGACGCAGAGCUGAAGAUUACGCACUACCAGCUUAAGUCGCUGGCUCUACUGCUUUCCUCCUACUCCGAGGUGCUUCUCUUGGAUAGCGAUAGCAUCCCCGUCCUCGACCCUCUCCUCAACAUUUUCGAAACCGAACCUUACAAGUCGAAAGGCAUGGUUAUUUGGCCCGACUACUGGCGCUCGACCGAGAGCCCCAGAUAUUGGCAGAUAGCUGGCAAACCAGACUUUCCAUCAUUUCUGCCGGCGACGGCGAGUGAGGCCGGCCAGCUGGCUGUCAACAAGGCCACUCACCUGGCACCUCUUCUCCUGGCGACGUAUUACAACAUAUUUGGCCCCGACUACUAUUAUCCACUCUUGUCCCAGGGCGCGCUCGGACAAGGUGACAAGGAGACAUUCCUCGCAGCCGCGGUUGCCCUCAAUGCCACAUAUUAUAGGAUAAAGACACCAGCCGCAUCCCUCGGCCGACAUGACGGUCGUACGCAGAAGGGAACUGCAAUGGUGCAACAUCUUCCCUCGGACGACCUCAAACAUGAGUCCACGGGCCAUGAGUCCAUCCGCCCGAUGUUCCUGCAUUCCAACACGCCCAAAAUGAAUGCAGGCCACCUGGUCGAUGAGGGCGACCUUCUGGCAGCCGAUGGAGAAACGAGACUCCGAUUGCUGGGCUCGAAAGAUGAGCUGGUGAAGAGAUUCGGGUUCGACGUGGAGCAGAGUAUCUGGGACCUGAUGGUCCAAACGGGAUGCGAGCUUCAGGACAUCAUACAAGAGUGGAAGGGCAGGGAGAGGAUGUGUGAGAGGCUCACGGAACACUAUAAAAAGGUCUUUGGGCCAUGA